UCUCUCCUUUGCUGAAUCUUAUUGAUCCAGAAGGUGGCUAAUUAGCCCUUCCCGUCGUGCCUGUGUAAUGAAGCACAUGCGCACUGAAUUAAUCACAGCCAUUUUUUGCAGGAAACUAAUUAGCAGGAAUAAAGAUCCAAAGAGUUUUUUUCUUUUCAAUCAUCAGAUCUCACUUUCACCUCUUCCUCUCUCCCUCUAACACAAGACUCAUCGCCUGCUUUGCAUCCAAAUUAUUUUUAUAUUGCCUUUACAACUAAUACUUCGUUUUUUACUCUCCGCAACAACAAUGAUCUUUCUUUUGCCAUCCUAAACGCAAACUGACCAAAAGGGACUGCCUUGAUGGGAUCUUUAGCCAAACCGUCUCUAUACUGGAUUAAAAAGCGAGGAUCUCAAAGCGGCAGCAAAAAAUUGCCUGGAUGCGAUGAACGCCUCAUGUAGGCAUCAGCAUGGAAAGCUGUGAGUCUCCCGUGGUUUCUGGGACAGACGAUGGGCUCGGUUCCUCCACCACCUCCCAACAGCAGCAGCAGCAGCAACAACAACAACAACAACAACAACAAAAACAACAACAACAGCACCCACAACAGCACCCCACCCAACCCUGGAACGAUCUUUCUAGCUCCUCCCAGGUGCCCCCCAGCAGCCAGACCCCUUCCCUGGAGCCCCUGUCUCUGUCCGCUCCCUACCCCAACCUGCACCUGACCCCCAGCACACCUCGAGAAGGUGUGAGAGAGCAGCAGCAGCAGCAGCAGCAGACACUGACCACAAGCCAGGCCGCCAACGACAGCUCCACGUCCGGCCAGCAGCAGCUGCACGCGCGGAGAGAGAGGCUCGAGGAGGACGAGCAGGAGGGAGGGAGUUGCGAAGAGGACGACGAGGAUUUGGAAGACUUGGACGAGAUGGAGAUCGACAGCUGUUUCCCAAGCCUGCAGCCCUUCCCCGGGAUGAGUAUCGCGCCCGGCGGAGGCGGCAUGCCCACGCUCAUGCGCCAGCAGCCCAGCCGACGGAGGGGCGCGGCGGAGAGCGGCAGCGAGGAAGGAGAGGAGGACGAGGAGGAGGAGAGCAGCGAUGUGGAGAACCUGGCUGGAGAGAUCGUCUACCAGCCCGACGGCUCGGCCUACAUCGUGGAGAGUCUCAGCCAGCUGAUCCAAAGCGACGGGGGCAUGCCGCCCGGCCUGCUUCCCACAAACUCUCUCCCCAGCGCGGGAAAUCCGGGCGAGCCGGCCGGGACCUCGUCCUCGGUGUACCCCCAGAUCAUCAACACGUUCCACAUAGCCUCGUCGUUCGGAAAGUGGUUCGGCUCUGACCAAGGUUACCCCAAUACCUCAACCCUGGCGGGACUCAGUCCUGUCCUGCACAGUUUCCGCGUCUUCGAUGUGCGGCACAAAAGCAACAAGGAUUACCUAAACAGCGACGGGUCUGCCAAGAAGUCCUGCGUAUCCAAAGAUGUACCAAACAACGUGGAUUUCUCCAAAUUUGAUGGGCUAGCCCUCUACGGUAAGGGGAAGCCCAUCCUCAUGUGUUUCCUGUGCAAGCUGUCCUUCGGCUACGCACGCUCCUUUGCCACCCACGCCGUCCACGAUCAUCGCAUGACUCUGAGCGAGGACGAACGUCGGAUCCUCGGCCACAAACACGCCUCGGCCAUCAUCCAGGGCAUCGGCAAGGACAAAGAGCCCCUCAUCAGCUUCCUGGAACCAAAAAACAAGAACUCGCCCGCGCCGCCCUCCCUGGUGCCCAUGAACUCCGGCCAGAGCUUCUACGGCACGUUCAGCGGCGUCCACCUGGAGUCCAGCGGUGGCGGCAGCGGGGGGAGUGAGGUCCACCUCGGUAAAGACUCCGAGUCGAGUCUCCAGCAGCAGCAAGCCCUCCUCGGCAUGGGGAUGCUCGGACGUCCCAAAACCCCUUCCCUCACCUCGACCCCAGGCCCUGCCAAAGACUCCAUUACCCUGCCCAAGAUGCAGGGGGGGAGAACAGAGGGGCCUGCUGGGAAAGAGGGGACUUACGGAGGGGGAGACGGGGAAGGGGAGGUCCGCGCGGGCAAGGCUCACCUCCCAGGCGAGGAGGUGGGGUCAGAAGAGGACGAACUGUUACUAGAGAAAGACGAGGUGGACAACGACGGCACUUCGAGGGCCUGUGUCGGUGGUGGUAGCAGCAGCGACGGCAGUGGCAGUUGCGGACAGGUGGGGGAACCGGCUGUCUCAAACCAAAGCAUUUCCAAAUCUCCUUUAUUAAUGCCUAGUAGCGCUUUCCAGCCUCCCACCUGCCCCACUGCGUCCAGCCCCACGCUCAACAGCAAAGCCCCGGCCUCCUCUUCCUCCGGCAGGCCGUCCGAGGACGGCUCGGCCACCGACGGUGAGGGGAGAGUCUCGGAGCUCCCUCUGAGCUUUAACUGCCAGGGGUCGUCGUCCGGCCCCGCGGCGAUGUCGGCCACUUCCGCCGGCAGAGGGAGCGAGGAGGACGGCGCCGCGUGCUCCUCCACGGGCACCUCCUCGCCUCUGGCGUCCAGCGCGGCAGCAGCGGCCGCCUCUGCCAGCGCGGCGGACGAAAGUGCCAAUCGAGAUAGUGCCACAGCUCCAGAACCAAAUGAAUGCCCGGCCGACGGGGAGGAAGAGGGCAGCGGCGGCGGCCUCCUGCACCACCACCACCUGCACCACCACCACCACCACCUGCACGCCUCCGCCCACGGCCACGGCCACAUGCACCCGCACGACUUGCUGGGCAUCGGCGAGUGCUCGCAGAACCACGGCGGCGGGGGCGGCGGCAACGGAGGGAGCGGGGUGGAGUGCCCCAAGUGCGACACGGUCCUGGGCUCCUCGCGCUCCCUGGGCGGCCACAUGACCAUGAUGCACUCGCGCAACUCCUGCAAGACCCUCAAGUGUCCCAAGUGCAACUGGCACUACAAGUACCAGCAGACGCUGGAGGCCCACAUGAAGGAGAAGCACCCGGACUCGGGCGGCAACUGCUCCUUCUGCACCAGCGGGCAGAGCCACCCGCGCCUGGCCCGCGGCGAGAGCUACACCUGCGGCUACAAGCCCUUCCGCUGCGAGGUGUGCAACUACUCCACCACCACCAAGGGCAACCUGAGCAUCCACAUGCAGUCGGACAAGCACCUCAACAACAUGCAGUCGCUGCAGAACGGCGGCUCCAUCAACACCUCCGGCGACCAGGUGUUCGCCCACGCCCCCGGCGGAGGGGUGGUGCAGGUGCCGUCGGUGGCGCAGGCCAGCCCGCACCACGCCGUGCAGCACCAGCACCACCACCACCCGGCGCCCUCGGCCGCCCACAUGGCGGGGCCCUGCAGCACGCCGUCGCCCACCAAGCCCAAGAGCAAGCCCACGUGGCGCUGCGAGGUGUGCGACUACGAGACCAACGUGGCGCGCAACCUGCGCAUCCACAUGACCAGCGAGAAGCACAUGCACAACAUGAUGCUGCUGCAGCAGAACGUCACGCAGAUGCAGCACGGCCGCCUGGGCCUGGGCACCAUGGCCUCACCCUCCGAGGCCGAGCUCUACAAGUACUACCUGGCCCAGAACAUGAGCCUACCGCCGGGCCUCACUAUGGACCCCACCGGGGCGGACGCCCAGUUCUUGCUCGGAGGCUUCCACCUGGACCCCAACAUGGCCGCCCUGGCCCCAGCGCUAGUAGGCGGAGACCUCCCGAUGGACAUGCGCCUGGGCAGCGGUCAGCUGGUGUCCGAGGAGCUGAUGACGCUGGGCGAGAGCCUGUCGCAGACCAGCGACCCGUCGCUCAAGCUCUUCCAGUGCGCCGUGUGCAACCGCUUCACCACCGACAACCUGGACGUGCUGGGCCUGCACAUGAGCGCCGAGCGCAGCCUGCCCGAGGAGGAGUGGCGCGCCGCUGGCGACUCGCACCAGUGCAAGCUCUGCCACUACACGCAGCUCAAGGCCAACUUCCAGCUGCACUGCAAGACCGACAAGCACGUGCAGAAGUACCAGCUGGUGGCCCACAUCAAGGAGGGCGGCAAGGGCAACGAGUGGCGCCUCAAGUGCGUCGCCAUCGGCAACCCCGUGCACCUCAAGUGCAACGCCUGCGACUACUACACCAACAGCCUGGAGAAGCUGCGCAUGCACACGGUCAACUCGCGCCACGAGGCCAGCCUGAAGCUCUACAAGCACCUGCAGCAGCACGAGAACGCAGUGGAGGGCGACGCGUGCUACUACCACUGCGUGCUGUGCAACUACUCCACCAAGGCCAAGCUCAACCUGAUCCAGCACGUGCGCUCCAUGAAGCACCAGCGCAGCGAGAGCCUGCGCAAGCUGCAGCGCCUGCAGAAGGGCCUGCCCGAGGAGGAGGAGGAGCUCAGCGCCAUCUUCACCAUCAGGAAGUGUCCCUCCUCUGCCGCCGACACAGGAGAACUGAGUGAGGAUGUGGAGGCUGCCAGUGAGAUCACUACAGAGCAGGAGGACCAAACCAAAGACAGAGAGAGUGGGGGGGAGAAGGAGCUCACCAAAGGGACAGCAGCAGCAGCAGCAGCAGCAGCAGCAGCAGCAGCCUCAUCCGUGGCCACAUCCAGCCAGUCAGAGAGGGAGCAGUCGGAGUCCCCGGCUCCCUCCAAGCGCCCGUCCUCGAGGUCCGGGGCUGCUGAGAGCCCCCUGUCCUCCAAGCGUCCCAGGACGGCCGACAAGAGUGCUGGGGAGCAGAUGUACCAGUGCCCCUACUGCAAGUUCACCAACACUGACCUGAACCGGCUCAGGAUGCACGUGAUGACGCAGCACUCCGUCCAGCCCAUGUUCCGCUGCCCGCUCUGCCAAGACAUGCUCAACAACAAGGUCCACCUGCAGUUCCACCUCACACACCUGCAUAGCGUGGCGCCGGACUGCGUGGACAAGCUCAUUGCCACUGUGGCAACUACAGAAGUGUUGCCAGCAAGCAUGUUCAUACCAGUCCCCAGUCCGGAAAGGGAGGCACAAAGCACCCCCCAGUCCUCAGCCAACACUGGCAGUGAUGACAUUAAGAAACAGACAGAAACCUUGGAUGCUGACCCUGAAAAAGUUACUUUGUCUGCAGAAAUGACUGAAACUCGCAAGUCGCCUCUGGAGGAACACCAGUCUGGACGAGAGGAUGCAACUGGUUUCCUGUGCUGGAAGAAAGGCUGUAACCAGGUCUUUAAGUCCUCCAGUUCUCUACAGAUGCACUUCAAUGAAGUCCACAACAAGAGGCCUCAGCUGCCUGUCUCAGACCGACAUGUCUACAAGUACCGCUGCAACCAGUGCAGCUUGGCUUUCAAGACGGUGGAGAAGCUACAGCUUCACUCCCAGUACCACGUCAUCAGAGCUGCCACUAUGUGUUGCCUGUGCCAGCGAAGCUUCAGAACCCUACAGGCACUCAAGAAGCACCUGGAAACUAGUCACCUGGAACUGAGCGAGGCUGAUGUCCAGCAGCUGUACGGUGGGUUACUAAUGAACGGAGAUCUAAUGGCCAUGGGUGAUCCCUCUCUUGGUGAUGACCAAGGCAUUCUGGCAGAAGAUGACAAGGACGGCGAGGAGAGUGAUCCAGAAGAAAAGCAGAGUCCUACUGGCAGCGAUUCAGGUUCUCUGCAAGAGGAUUCGGGAUCAGAGCCCAAGAGAGCCCUGCCCUUCAGGAAGGGUCCCAACUUCACCAUGGAGAAGUUCCUAGAUCCCUCUCGGCCUUUCAAGUGCACAGUCUGCAAAGAGUCCUUUACACAGAAAAAUAUCCUGCUUGUACAUUACAACUCUGUCUCACACCUGCACAAGGUGAAGCGGGCCCUACAAGAGUCCACUGCUGGUCAGCCAGAGCCCACAAGCAGCCCUGACAACAAACCUUUCAAGUGUAGCACUUGCAAUGUGGCAUACAGUCAGAGCUCCACCCUGGAGAUACACAUGCGGUCUGUCCUCCAUCAGACUAAAGCCCGUGCAGCCAAGCUGGAGGCAGCAGGUGGAAUUCCCACCUCUGCAAGUUCUGGACUAAGUGGAGGGGCCUCCAACACCAUUAGCACUUCUACACCCAGCCCAAUUCCAACCUCCAACUCCACAUCCAUUUCCAGCAACAGCAGCUGCUCUUCAGCAGGCGGCCAGACGGUGCAGAGCAUGCUGGGAGGCAACCACCUGAGCCAUUCACACAACACCGACAGCCUGGGGAACUCGGCCAGCCAUCAAUCUCCCUCUGAAAACCACGACAUGAAAAAGAAGAAGUUUGCCGACAUGCUGUCCGCCCGGGGCCACCAGCAACAGCUCCAGCAGCAACAGUUGGCCCAGGCCCAGGCCCAAGCCCAGGCUCAGCUUCAACAGGAGCUCCAGCAGCAAGCUGCACUCAUCCAGUCUCAGCUCUUCAAUCCGCUUCUGCAGCACUUCCCCAUGACAACAGACGCUCUUCUCCCACUGCAGCAACAGCAGCUGCUCUUCCCCUUUUACAUACCCGGGGCUGAAUUCCAGCUGAACCCAGAGAUGAGUCUCAGCUCCUCUCUGGGUCUGAGUAGCUCUACGGCAGCCAUGUUGGAAGAACAGAAAAAUUCGGUCCAGCAGGCCCAGCAGAGCUGUCUUCAGCAGCAGUUAAUGCACCAUCACUUGCAACAACAGCACCAAGCCCACUCUCAGGCUUCAAGCCAAAUGGCUCUGCUCCAGCAGAGUGCCUCGCUCUCGCACCAAGUUGACAAGAAACCAAAGCCGUCUGUUCAUCCAAAUGAGAAAGAGAGGGACCUGCCGAGGGAAAAGGAAAUGAAUGAAAAAACAGAGGACCAGACCCCUAAAGAUACAAAUGAAAACAUUAAAUCCAAGGAAAAGAAAGACACUCAGCCUGUUGCAGUUACUGUGAACCACGAUCCUGGCUUUCCUCCUCCUAGAAUUGCCUCAGAUGCUCGAGGAAAUGCAACCAAAGCUCUUUUAGAAAAUUUUGGAUUUGAGCUGGUGAUUCAGUACAAUGAAAACAAACAAAAGGCACAGAAAAAGCCAACAGGAACUCCAUCAGCAGGUUCAACUGGACCACAAACUAUUAGCCGAGUUGUGGAUCCUAUCGAAGGACUGGAGAAGUUGGAAUGUGAGGCAUGUGGCAAGCUCUUCUCCAACAUACUGAUUCUGAAAAGUCAUCAAGAGCACAUCCAUCAGUCCUUCUUCCCAUUCAGGUCACUUGAGAGGUUUGCCAAGGAAUACCGAGAGCAGUAUGAUAAGCUUUACCCAAUGAGACCUCCAACCCCUGAGACUGCUCCUCCACCCCCACCACCUCCUCCGCCUCCCCCUCCACCACCCCCUCAGCCUCCUCCACAGAGAGCACCGACACCAAAUAUCCCCGUCUCUUCCCCUGCUCUCACUCCCUCAACUGUCCCACCUCCACAGCCCUCAGUUACCAUGGCUCAGAUUCCCAUGUCAAUGGACCUGCCUCUCUUCUCCCCACUCAUGAUGCAGCCCAUGUCCCUGCAGUCCCUGCCUUCCCAGAUGCAAGGUCAGCUGUCGUCUGUAGAGCCAGGAUUGGCCUCUGAUCUGGCUCAGCUUUAUCAACAGCAGCUCACACCGGCCAUGCUGCAGCAGCAGCAGAACAAGAGACCACGCACACGCAUCACAGAUGAUCAACUCAGGGUCCUCAGGCAGUAUUUUGACAUAAACAAUUCUCCCAACGAGGACCAAAUCAAGGAGAUGGCAGACAAGUCAGGGCUUCCCCAGAAAGUGAUCAAGCAUUGGUUCCGUAACACCCUCUUUAAAGAACGCCAGCGCAACAAAGACUCGCCAUACAAUUUCAACAACCCUCCCAUCACUACACUAGAGGAUAUAAAAAUUGACUCUAAACCACCUUCACCUGAGCCUCAUAAAAUGGAGAGCUUUGGAAGCAAGAGGUCCUCAAGGACAAGGUUCACAGACUACCAGCUUAGGGUAUUACAAGACUUCUUUGAUGCCAAUGCCUACCCUAAAGAUGAUGAGUUUGAGCAGCUGUCUAACCUGCUAAGUCUGCCUACACGAGUCAUUGUAGUGUGGUUCCAGAAUGCUCGACAGAAGGCUCGCAAGAACUAUGAGAACCAGGGAGACGGAGGAAAGGACGGCGAAAGACGUGAGUUGUCUAAUGACCGUUACAUUCGUACCAACAACCUAAACUACCAGUGCAAGAAAUGCAGCCUGGUGUUUCAACGCAUAUUCGACCUCAUCAAGCACCAAAAGAAACUCUGUUACAAAGACGAAGAUGAGGAAGGCCAAGAAGACAGUCAAAAUGAAGAUUCACUUGACCUUUCUCAUGAGUAUUACACCCUGUCUGGGUCUUCAGGCCACACUCCAAUGCCUACAUCCUCAAGCCUCUGCCCUCUACCCCCAUCCACCUCUGCCUUCUCCCACAUGACAUCCUCAGAGAAGGAAGAGGCCACCACAGCAAACACAUCCAACUCUUUUGACGAGAAGCCCAAGCACUCAGCUGAAACCUCCCUAGAUCACCGGGACAGCCAGCCAAUUCUGAAACAAGAGAACCUCCACAGGUCUGAAACACCACAGCCGAGACACCACUCUAGAGAAGAAAAGCCCCUGAUGGCUCCAAAGAACUCUAAGCGGUCAUCUCCCUCCAUAUCCCAACAACAACCACAGAGUGGUCCAUCAGCCUCUCAGUCUAGCCAGGCGAUCUCUCAGAGCUCUCACAUGACACUAAAUCCUCAUCUGUCCACUGCUUCACAACAACAGCUUGCUCAGCAGAUGAUCCCAUACCAGUGUGAGCAAUGCAAGCUGGCUUUCCCUUCAUUCGAGCACUGGCAAGAGCACCAGCAGCUUCAUUUCCUCACUGUCCAAAACCAAUUUAUCCAUCCUCAAUUUUUAGAUCGCCCCAUGGAUAUGUCUUUCAUGCUCUUUGAUCCAAGCAACCCUCUGCUGGCAAGCCAGCUUCUCUCUGGGGCCAUGCCUCAAAUUCCAAGCAGCUCAGCCACUUCUCCCUCAACACCAACCUCAACCAUGAAUUCCCUGAAGAGGAAGUUGGAGGAGAAAGCGGGCACCAGUCCAGGAGAGAAUGACAGCACCAACAGCGGUGAAGAGCCUCAGAGAGACAAGCGCUUAAGAACCACAAUUACCCCUGAGCAGCUGGAGAUUCUCUACCAAAAAUAUCUGUUGGACUCUAACCCAACCCGCAAGAUGCUUGAUCACAUUGCCCACGAGGUUGGUCUCAAGAAGAGGGUAGUGCAGGUGUGGUUCCAGAACACUCGAGCCAGAGAAAGGAAAGGGCAGUUCAGGGCUGUGGGGCCAGCUCAAGCCCACCGCCGCUGCCCCUUCUGCCGUGCCCUGUUCAAAGCCAAGACUGCCUUGGAGGCCCACAUUCGCUCACGCCACUGGCAUGAAGCUAAGCGUGCUGGCUAUAACCUGGCCCUGUCUAACAUGUUGCCCGACCACGAGGGACUGCAGUUGAAGAUGGACCCUUUGGAUAUCUCAAACUAUUCGCAGAUGGUCUCCUCCAACAACAAUGAUGGCCAGUGUUCUUCUUUGUCACCUGUAAAAAACUUGGAUUUUUCCCCAAGGGCCCUAAUGAGCCCCACAUCUAUUAAAGUUGAGGGAAUGGAGGACUUUGAAAGCCCAACAAUGUCCUCUGUGAACAUGAGCUUUGACCCAAGCAAACUGGACAAUGAUGACUGUUCCUCUGUGAACACGGCCAUCACUGACACCACCACUGGUGAUGAAGCCAAUGCUGACAAUGACAGUGCUGAUACAAAGCACGGCCACAACAGCAGUGACAUUCUGUCCAAGUCUGGGGGGACUGCACCCUCCCUUGAGAAUGAGGACCAGAUGUCCUCAGGGCUUGUUAGCCCUGCAACAAGUUAUUAUGCUAAAGAUUACGAGAAUGAAAACAUUAUUGAUUACAGUGAGACCUCGAGUAUGGCUGACCCCUGUUCGCCCAGCCCUGGAGCCUCUGGAAGUAAGAGCAUUGACAGCGGAGACAGGCCUGGCCAAAAGCGCUUCCGGACACAGAUGACCAACCUCCAGCUGAAAGUGCUUAAGUCCUGCUUCAAUGACUACAGGACCCCUACCAUGCUGGAGUGUGAGGUACUAGGCAAUGACAUUGGACUUCCAAAGAGAGUGGUGCAGGUUUGGUUCCAAAAUGCUCGUGCCAAGGAGAAAAAGGCCAAGCUCAGCAUGGCGAAACACUUUGGCAUCAACCAGACAUCCUAUGAGGGCCCAAAGACAGAGUGUACACUUUGUGGUGUCAAGUACAGUGCUCGUCUUUCAGUUCGAGACCACAUCUUCUCCCAGCAGCAUAUUGCUAAGGUGAAGGAAACCAUUGGGAGCCAGCUUGAUAAGGAGAAAGAGUACUUUGACCCAGCCACAGUUCGUCAGCUGAUGGCCCAGCAAGAAAUGGAUCGCAUAAAGAAAGCCAAUGAGGUAUUGGGCCUUGCUCAACAGCAAGCAAUGCAGCAACAGGGCAUGUUUGACAGCCCUGCCCUGCAAGCCUUGAACCUUCAGUCAGCUUACCCAAAUCUACAGGGCAUACCCCCUGUUUUGCUGCCAGGAGUCAGCAGCCCUUCCUUACCAAGCUUUAACUCAUCAAACACAGCUUUAACUCCUCCUAAACCUCCAAACCUCCUGAACAUGCCUGGUGCCAGUGUCCCCUCACCCAGUCUCCCCACAUCUGGUUUGCCCAACAAGCCUCCAUCCUCCUCCUCUUUGGCCUCACCAAGUCUGGCUCAAGCCAGCACUUCUGUUGCCCACUCAAGUCCCACAUCUACUUCAACAUCCACAUCUGCAGCCCCACAGCCAGGGUCCCGGGCUGAACACCCUAAAGAGCGUGAUACUGAAAGAUCCAGGGAGAAGGAAAAGUCGAAGGAGAAGGUCGAGAAGUCUGCUACGCCCUCAUCGAUGGGGGGAACUCCAGCGCCCACCACCUCAGCUGCCAGCGCCAAGAAAGAGAAACCAGACACAGCUGUUCCUGCCACCUCGAUGCCCACUCCUGGAAUGGAGUAUGUGAUAGACCCUGCCCAGCUUCAAGCUCUUCAGGCAGCCUUGGCAUCUGACCCUACAGCUCUGCUUACCAGUCAGUUCCUACCCUAUUUCAUGCCUGGCUUCUCCCCAUAUUAUGCCCCUCAAAUGCCCAGCGCUCUCCAAGGAGGAUAUCUGCAGCCGAUGUAUGGCAUGGAGAGCCUUUUCCCCUACAACCCAGCUUUAUCCCAGGCUCUGAUGGGGCUUUCCCCAGGGUCCCUGCUCCAGCAUUACCAGCAAUAUCAGCAGAGCCUGCAAGAGGCAUUGCAGCAGCAGCAGCGGCAGCUUCAACAGAUCCAGCAACCCAAAGCGAGUCAAACUCCAGUUCCCACCCAGUCCUCGGGGGACCGCAAAGAAACUGCCAAAGAUCCAGUGAAAUCAGAGGAACAAAAAGGCACUCCCCCCAUUGAUAACUCUUCCUCUUCCUCUCACAAUAACCUACCCACAGAGCAGCACGAGAUGGAUGGCAAAGGUGCGGACCCCCUUCUUGACAAGUACAUCGUCCCCAAAGCGCAGUACCGGCUGGCAUGCCGUAAGUGUCAAGCUGUCUUCAGCAAGGAGGAAGCGGCCAUCAGCCACCUGAAGUCGAUCUGCUUUUUCGGUCAGUCUGUGGCAAACUUGCAAGACAUGUUGCUUCGUGUCCCCAGCGGCGCAAGUGGAGUAGACACCAGUCGUUACGACUGCCUGGCCUGCGACACUACGCUAGAGGGGGACAAAGCGCUCAGUCAACACCUGGAGUCGGCCUUGCACAAACACAGAACAAUCAAGCGAUCAGCCAGAAAUGCCAAAGAGCACGCUACUAGUUUAUUACCUCACUCUUCAGCCUGCUUCCCCGAUCCUAACACCGCAUCUACCUCGCAGUCUGCCACUCAUCCACACAGCACCCCAACUCCCCCGCCAACGUCAUCAGCCACCAUGCCGUCCUCUUCUGCCUCUUCAUCCUCGUGCUCCUCCUUUUCCUCCUCUGCGGCUGCCCCCCUCAGCACCACUGCUGCAGGCAAACCCUGGCCCCAGGCCCCAUUCUCCAGAGCUUUAGCUGGAAAGCCCAAUGCCACUCCUUCGACGCUGUCAUCUUUUCCUCCAGUAUCCUCACCUUCAACGGUUACCUCAAGUUCAUUGAGCACCUCAGGGGUUCAGACCUCGAUACCAACAGACGUCUUUACUGACGAGUCGGACUCUGACAGCAGUCAGAAGUCAGCUGACAGACUGGGCCGAACAGCCGAGGAGACUCAGCCCAGCUGUCUCAAAGACAGUAGUAGUUGUAGUAGUAGUAAUCUUGCUAGUGUAGGAACAGACUCCAUCAGAUUGUAAAAGAGCUUUCAAUGAUGGACAGUAUUUAAAAAAUGUAAAAGACAAAAAAAAGAAAAACACAAAAGAAAAAAAACAAGACAAAAAAAGAAGCGAUGUUAAAAUAUGUUUAAAAGUAUACAAACCAAUUUCAAAAAAGAUGUGUAAAGACUAACUGCAAUUCCAAAGCUUGUAACCAAAAAUUUAAAUGUUAGUGGAUUGUUUUCCCAUAUCAACAUGCUGGUUUUUGUUUAUUUCAACUCAAAUAUAUAUAUACAUAUAUAAAUGAAUAGAGAAGAUCACUGCAGUUAAGUUUUGGCUUAUGAUAGAGGAAUGCUGUAUAGCAAUGGACUGCCUCAAAGUUGUUUAAAUGGCCCCUAAUCCUUGAUAACAAAGUACAAUUUAACAAGCUGUCCCUUGUUUGCAGAAGUAUUUCCAUAUAAUAGCACAGUCAGCCAGUGGGUACUGUAUGGGAGAAUAGUCUUACAGUUUCUUGUGAUCUAAGCGUUCAAAUACCAAUGGCUUGCUUAAGUAAAACGAAUGAUGUAAUGUCUAUUUUAUUCUCAGGUCAACAGCUCACAAUUUGUUUUUCUGUUACAGAAAUUCAUUACUUUCUCUUUCUUUCUGUUGUUUUCCUAACAUUUAUGUAUCCUAAACUUUAUUUUUACUGGCAGAAAGUAUUCAAAAGUAAAGUGAAAGCAUAGCUUUCUGGGCAUUCAAAAAGAAUAGCUGAAUGGCUGGUUUUAAACAUUUGAAAAUCUUUCACAUGGGAAAUUAGCACUCCCUCAUCACCCAGACACGAAAAAGCAUUGCAGACUUGUUGGUGGGGAUAAAAAGAUUUUUUUAAGAAAAAAACUUUCUGUAUUUAUGAUAGAUAUAAACAUUUUUGGUGUUAAGUAGAUUGUUGCAUUGGAAAUGAAUUUAAACAGUAUGGUAGACUGAAAAAUCUUUGUGUACAUUUAGCUUUUGUAUUGUCCAACUUUAAGGCGCUUCAUUUGAUGUUGUCUUGGUCAUUCCGAUAGACUAGAUUAAGGAGCAGUAACUGAUCUAUACUUUAUUUCUGUCUUAUCCUUGCCUUCCUGGCUAACGUUCACCCAACUGCCAAUAACUGACAAGGCAGGUUCUCCUUUCCUCUCAAGGGUUUUUGUCUGUCUUCUUUUAGGUUGGUGUGAUUCCAACCAAAAAACGAAAAAGAAAUCUGAGGUGUUGAAAAAUUUCAAUUAUUUUUGUGUUACCUUUGUGCACUUACCACUGUCCGACGCCCCUCUCCCUUUUCUCCCCUUUUUCUCUAUCUCCGUCCCAUCCCUUUUUCAUUUUAAAGCCUUGCUUUGGUAGAUAUGGAGAUGGUUACUACUCCUUGUGCACUACAAAGCAGAUGUUUGUUUUUCAUAGUGUGGCUGCAGUCUGUUUACGGCUUUAUUUUAUUGAUUUUUUUAUGUCAUAUAUUAAAAUGAAAAAUAAUAAUAAUAAUAAUAAUUCUCACGCUUUAAAAACAAAAAGAAAAUCCAAAGACUAAACACUUUCACCAUUGGUGCAUAAAGAUGAGAAAAGAGGCUUCUUUAUACUUGAGAAUUUGUUGCUGUUUUUAAAGGAAAGAAAACAAAGUUUUAAAAUAAAGGAGUACGCAUCAGAGUUGCCGUUUUUGCUUCUUUGCAAGCAGACAGGUGGCUUUUUUUACGUAAAAUACCAAGAAUACCAAAAACCAAAAAAGGGCCCUUGUCCUUGCAUUGUGGAGUAGCACCGUUACAGAGCCAUUGCAGUUUCUAACAUAGAGGUUUAAAAAGCUCUCUAUUUGUUUCCUGUCACACAUUUUUUUUGUUAUUGCUGUUUGUUUUUAAAGAAAAUGUAUAAGGUCUGGUCUUCGAGGACAUAUGUUUUGCUGCUAAUGUAGAUUUUGAGAAGAAGAAUACCUAGAUGCAUGCUCAUUUUGCUUUUUGGCUAAGCUUUAACGAAAAGACAAACAAUAAACCAUUUCCCUGCCUCUGCAACAUCUUUUUUUCCCUCCUUUUUCUUCUUGCAAAAACGGAACUUUGAAGACUGUGAAUAUAUGUUCCAAAGGACAUUUUGGCUGAUUUUGUUUUCCUUUUUUUCCCAAACAGACCAAUGUUUAAAGCCAAUGAUCUCUAACGUUUGUAAAGAAUAGUGCAUUCCAAAUACCACAUCUGCAUUUGUUGAGUUUGUUUUCUCUUAAGCAAGGACUGAUUCUAUUUCUUUCCUUUUUAUUUGGAUACUAUUCUAUUUUAUCUCAUUUCUAAGAUGACUGUAAGCUGUUGUGUAAAUUUACCAUCGUGGGUUGCUAACAUCUCCACUCAGCUCCCUCGUUUGAAGUUAUGGUCCGGUGUUAGGAGACCCCCAGUGACCAGCAAAGGUUGUUGCUCACUUGAAUGAGAUCAAGUAAUAGUGGUUACCAAAAAUGUACAUAAUACAUGUGGUACAGACAUGUGUCUCACCAGUUUAGUGUCAUCAUGCCUAUCAAUUUAUUACAAGACUCAGAAGGAAAUAAAGGCUGUUUAGCAAGUCUGGAGUGGCGGCCUCCCCACCUGGGAUAUCAAGCAGGGACUUGCCCCAGGUUUCUGCAGGGUGUUAAGCCAUUUCCAUGCAUGAAUUGUGGAUUACAGGUUACCAAGGGACAUCUUCAUUCCAAAGCAUUAUAAGACUGACAAAGGCAGGAGUCUCUUUGAAGAUGUCCCUUGUUUUAUAUGGGAUGGUGAAAAGGUGUUUUAAUGCCUUUAUGUCCAAAGAGGUCAUUCACUCCAACUUCAAUAGCAAUGGAAAAGAAUAUGCUUUACAGAAAUCAUCCUAGCCUCCUAUCUCAGAAAAGCAAAACCUUUUAUAAAAAUCUUUUAAUUUCUUCACCAAAACAAAUAUUUAAAUUUGUGAAUUACUGCUCUUGGCCACAAGUGUAUAGCAAGUGUAUUUGGACUAAUUAAUACAUUGCUGCAAUCUCAGAAGUGUGUCUAAAGUGUUGCGUCUCGCAGAGCAAUGUUAUUUGGUGUUAAUACUUGCGCAUGCUAUUGAAAUUGGGUAGAUUUGGUCUGCAAGCUUGCCACUCCUUUCAAGUCCUGUUACCUAGAAUAUUGUUCAUAUGAUUAUUUUUUAGAAUUCUGAUGUUGUACAGAUUAUUUUUGAAUGCUUUUGCUCUAUUUUGGUUUCAAAUAAUGUAAGACAUUUAUUAUUAUUAUUGUUAUUAUUAUUGUUAUUAUUUUCAUAUAUUUCAACUAUUUGUAUGUUAUUUUAUUUUUCUGUGUAUGAUUUCUUUCCUCAUAUAAAUUAAUGUUUAACACCAGCUUUAAAUUUGAAUCGCUUUUUUAUCUUUAAGACCUGGCCACUUUAUGGUGUAAUAAUAUUCCUAUGUCUGCUUGUCUUUUCAACACUGAUCUCCUCUUUCCAAAGUCUUUUUUUGUUUUGUUUGUCUCUGGGCUCUCUUGUGAGAGACAAAGUUAUGUCUUCACAAUCAAUUUAGCCAGCAUGGACUGUGUUAGAGUGUGUGUGUGUGUGUGUGUACUGUAUGUAUGCGCGUGUAUGUCUGUGUCAUAAGAGCCAGCAUCAGUUUGCAUUUUUAUACUUUUUUUUUUUUUACUUUAAUUUCAAACCAAAUCAUACAGAACUGCAUACCUGGAUCUUCAGUAAGUUUGUUGAAGAUUUAGAUGAAUCAGAUAUUAAAGUAACAAUAAUUAGAAAAGGCAGAGAGUGGCGAUACUGAAGCACUGAGCAGUUUUUAGUCUGAUUCAUUGUAUGAAUGUGGCCAAAGCGUAAUGCAGUUGAACAAAAAAAAAUGGAAACGGUUCUGUUUGUGCCCCCUUACCAGUGUAUAUUUAUUGUGGCACGACACAUCACAUGGCUGAGAUGCGUCUACUCACAUUGGGAUACUUGAUUUUUGUGGACAUUUUACAGAGAUCGUAAAAGACAGGUUUUGCUGUAGAGGUCAUCCUUUUGCCCACUGUGAAAAAAAAACAUGUAUACAGAUAUAGAUAUAUUUAAAAAGAAGACAUCGACUUUUUUUGUUCAAAAAUGACAAAGAAGGACAAAAAGAAGAUUUGAACUCUGGGAAACUUUGGAGAUGUGUGAGAAGGCUGUGGGAACACCAAACUGGGGCAGGGGAGCCAAAGGCAAGCAGGGGGGGCUGCGGCGGCUCUGGGAGCACCGAGACCUUAUUUGAUCACUGACUAGUCCCCAGUGGGGACGGACUUUGGAGCAGUGAGCAUCUAGUGAAGAGUGAGGAGGAGGAGGAGGAGAGAGAAAAGAUCUCGGUUAUAGCGCUGGACCCCAGUGACUCGAGCCGCCCGCGCUCCCCUUCCCCAUCCCCACCCCUGACACCCACACACACACACCCCGCCCUUGCCCCCCACCUUGUUUCUCUCUGUGUCUCCCUCUCUACCCUGACUCUGCUUCUGCUUUGAUGGACAUUUUACGCACUUCUGAACAGGAUGGAUAGUGACACUUGCUUCUUUUUUCCCUCCCCACCUCACCCCUCAUCCACGUUGUUGCUACCUGUUCCAUUUCCCCCUUUGCUUGGCUCACUGAUUGCCGAAUGGUGCUCCGUUUCGUGGGCAGAGGGGGCGGACUGACCCACACCCACGUGUCACGGAGCCGGACGAUCUCAUCCUUCUCACAUCCAUCGAAAGACAAUUCAAAAACGCAAUGGGGUUGGGAGGGUGUUUUUUUUCUAGGCUGUCAUUCCUGAAGAAGCAGUUGAACACAUACACAAACAAGCGAAACAACCAAAAUUAACAACCAAACUAACAAACAACCAAACCAUGUGCUCCAAUUUCAAAGAUGAACUGUUACUGGAGCUCCCUGUUCCCUUUGUGACUCCUGGUGCCACAAUGUUACUUUAUUUUCUCUGUUUUUAAUCCUUUAUUUUACUCUUUUAAUUUUUUUUUCAGUUAUUCCUCCUACGAGCCUGACAGACAAGGCUCAGUGGCUCCAGGUAGCCCACCCGAGGGUAGAAAAAACAGCCUUGCAAUGUACAAAAAAGAGCAAGUUAAACCAAAAAUGUUGUUCUUGAUGUCUUUUCUAUACUGUAGUCUUGUUAGCUUUUUUGUUACUGUAAUUAUAUGAAGAUUUCCAAACUGUACCAAAUUACAUGGAGACUAACAGACAUACACCACGUGGAACGUCAGACUUUUAAAGAAAACUUUUGUCACAAAACCUUGUUGUCCUAGUUAAGUUGAUUGUAGAUGGUAAUUGAAUAUACUCCUUUGAAAAUAUUUCAUCAAGUAUGUUUCUUGCUCAUUGUGAUACAUUAAAAAUUAUGAGCAUAAAAUGCC